GUUACCACCGGUCAUAUCUGCCCCCGAUUACAAAGAGAUAUCCGGAGAAACGCCCAGUCGAGUCUACUACAAUAGCUCGCUACCCAUCAGACCGACAUCGGGGAUCGUUGCUGGUCACGGCCAUAGCUCGACCUCUUGACAGCCAUGUUCAACAGCUCGUCAAAGAAGCCAUACACGGCUGUGACUGUACAAAUCGAUCGUCUGACCAGCGAGCAAUACGAAGAGGAUGACUGGACUGGCAUCUUCGAGCUCGUCGAAGUCGUCCGGAUUCAGGCCUCAGGUCCGACAGAAGCAGCCAGGGCGCUUCGCAAGAAGCUAAAAUACGGCAGUGCGCAUCGUCAAAUUCGAGCUCUCGUGGUCCUCGAUGGUCUAAUCCAAAACGCUGGAGGACGCUUCCAGAAGACUUUCGCCGAUGAGCCUCUGCUCGAGCGACUACGCUUGAUGGCUCGGGAUGACAUGGUCGAUCCGGUAGUCCGCCAGAAGUGCAAGGUCUUGUUCGUCCAGUGGGCCAAUAACUACCAGAAGACUGCUGGACUGGAACGCAUCGCCAAUCUGUACAAAGAGUUCCCAAAAACAAAGAGGCCGGCAGCUGCACGUGAAAAGGUUCUUCGGGACACCUCAACCGCCGAUCCGGAUGCCGACAACGAAUCUCCCUUCGCCGAGCCGAAGAAUCGAUCGAGAUCAAAUUCGAAGGCGCAGGCUCCUGGUCCUGCCUCGAGACCGAGCAGUCAUGCGACCGGCAAACCUUUUAACCUCUCGAAAGAAAAGGACAAUAUGACCAAUGCCAUUGCCAAAACUUCCAUCGCAACCACAAACCUUAUGAACGGACUGCAACUCAUCAAUCGCGAGACAGAACGAGUAUCCGAGAAUUCUGAGAUUAUCCGCAGAGUCGAUGCGUGUAAAUCUUUGCGGCGAAAGAUCCUCUACUUCAUCGCACACGUGGAAUCGGACGAAUGGAUCGGUAGUCUGGUCAACGCUAAUGAUGAGUUAGUGGACGCUCUUACUGCCUACCACAUCAUGGACCGAAGUAUCAGCGACGACAGCGAUAGUGAUGCAUGGGAGGCUGCGCCUGACCAGGGAUCAAGUUCGAGCAAGGGCGUGACCUCGGAGACGCAACAUCAGCUGGCCGGCCUCUCGUUGAAUGAGGCAGCUCCUCCAAAGCCACCUCGGCCGGCUCCGCCAUCGAUUCCUAUGCCUCCGCCGCCGCAAGUGUCUUCUCCGAGUCGAUCGAAGGCUCCGGUUGAGGAGGAUGAAGAUGACGAUGAUCCGUUCGGUGACUCCAAUCAGGUUCAGACACCUUUUAACGAAAGACCUGGCAUGACAUGGAAGGAAGUCUGA